AUUGUGUCACGUUGGUAUAAAUACUUUAUAAGUCGAAGAAAAUAGACAAAGAGGGAUUGGAAAGCAAUCUUUCUUUCAAAACCACACACACUAUUCAAGAUGGUGAAAAUGUAUAGUUUCAAGCAAGACUUAAGUGAGAAAAGGUCUCAGAGUCAACAAAAAAUAAUAGAAGCUCUCGGGACAAUGGAUGAUGACAAAGAUACAACAGGAGAACGAAAACCAAAUUUGGACACCAAACAGAAAAUACUGAAGAACUUAUUUAUUCUAACCAUUGGAUCAAUGUUGGUCAAUAUCCCGAGUUUUGGUUUGAUCAGUCUUCAGAGUAGCUUAAAUAAUGAAGGUGGCCUUGGGGUAGCUGCUAUAAGUUGUCAAUGGGCUGCAUUUGGUCUCACUAGUUUGCUUAUUGCGCCUUCUUUUUUCAACACAUUUGGUGCCCGAAAGUCAUUUUUCGUCUCUUGGGUGCUAUUCCUGACUUUUACCAUAGCAAAUGCCUUUCCAAGUUGGUAUAGCUUAAUACCAACAAAUAUAUUGAUUGGAAUUGGAACUGGGAUAAACUGGGCAGCUAAUCCCAUAGUUGUUACAUCUCUCGCACUCGACUAUGCAUACAUCAAGAAAACCUCAGAAACUCGCCCAAUCAUCGACUCCUUCCAAGGUUUAAUGCUAGCUGGGGCCAACAGUGCCAGAAUUUGGGGGGAAAUAAUUUCAGCUAGCAUUCUAUUGGAUGACACACUGCCAAUCGAUGAUAAUAUAAACAAUUCAACGGCAUUCGAAGAUGUCUGUGGUUCGGAAUUUUGCCCAAAUUCAAACUUAACUGGAACAAAGAUUAUCCAACCACCAGAUGAGAAAAAGUAUCUCCUAGUUGGCAUAUAUUCCGGAUGUAUCGUCCUUGGACUGCUGACGCUGUUCAUAAUUGAUCCACACAAACCAACCAAAACUAUUUCAGCGGGAAAAAGAAUAUUAAAGACCAUCAAACUACAGGGGAAUCCGAAGAUGAUGCCACUGAUAGCCUUAUUUGUAUAUAAUGGAUUUAGACAAUCACUCAUAUCAGGAGACUUUAAUCAGGCCUUUAUAAGCUGUGAGUUAGGAGUUGGUUACAUUGGUCUCGCCAUGUUGUGUAUGGGAAUAACCAAUGCCCUGGGUGCCGGCCUUAUCGGAGUAAUAAAUCGUUGGAUACCAAGACAAGUCUUUGUCAUUAUAGCAGCAUCUAUAAAUAUGCUUACGAUGGUAACAAUGUUGCUAUGGGAACCUUCCGCAGAUCAGUUCUGGUUGUUUUUGACCACUUCCUGCAAUGCAUGGCUUGGCACAUUCCACAUGGCAAAUGAUGGAAAAUUCAAUAAUCAACACAUUGUUCCCUGAUGCACUGGAUUGUGGUUUUGUGAGUCGCAAUAUGUGGCAGUCUGUAGGCGUAUCAACAUCAUUUGCUAUCCAGGCUUACUUAUGUGUAUCAACCAAGACUUACAUCACCAUAGGAGUGCUGUCAGUUGGCAUGGUGAGCUACACAAUACUGGAACUUCUUGUACAAUUCAAAUGGAAACAAAGUGACACAAAGUGAAUACAAAUAUGUAUGACUGGCUGUUAAGCCAAAACCCACUUUGUACUCGUAGAUGUAUAGGAAUAUGGACAAAAAUAUAAAGGCAGAUAUUAUUAACUAUAUCAAAAAAAUUGAUUAAAAAAA